CAGGAGCGACCGCUAUGUGGCGAAGUGGCUGUCGGCGUCUCGGAGCGCGGCUUUGCGGGCUGCGCGGUGGUCUCGGGGUCCCCGCCGAGAGCGGCCACCGGAACGUGGUGUCCUGCAUCGAUCCUUCCAUGGGACUAAAUGAAGAGCAGAAAGAAUUUCAGAAAGUGGCCUUUGACUUUGCCACCCGGGAGAUGGCUCCAAAUAUGGCAGAGUGGGACCAGAAGGAGCUGUUCCCAGUGGACAUGAUGCGGAAGGCAGCCCAGCUAGGCUUUGGGGGCGUCUACAUACGAACAGACAUAGGUGGGUCUGGACUGUCACGGCUCGAUGCCUCUGUCAUCUUUGAAGCCUUGGCUACUGGCUGCACCAGCACCACAGCCUAUAUAAGCAUUCACAACAUGUGUGCCUGGAUGAUUGAUACCUUUGGAAACGAAGAACAGAGGCACAAAUUUUGCCCACCACUCUGUACCAUGGAGAAGUUUGCUUCCUACUGCCUCACUGAGCCAGGAAGUGGGAGUGAUGCUGCCUCCCUUUUGACCUCAGCUAAACGACAAGGAGAUCAUUACAUCCUCAAUGGCUCCAAGGCCUUCAUCAGUGGUGCUGGUGAGUCAGACAUCUAUGUAGUCAUGUGCCGAACAGGAAAGCCAGGCCCCAAAGGCAUCUCGUGCAUAGUUGUUGAGAAGGGGACCCCUGGCCUCAGCUUUGGCAAGAAGGAAAAAAAGGUGGGGUGGAACUCACAGCCAACCCGAGCCGUGAUCUUUGAAGACUGUGCUGUCCCCGUGGCCAACAGAAUUGGGGACGAGGGGCAGGGCUUCCUCAUUGCUGUGAAAGGACUGAACGGAGGGAGGAUCAAUGUUGCGUCCUGCUCUCUAGGGGCUGCUCAUGCUUCAGUCCUCCUCACCCGAGACCACCUCAACAUUCGGAAGCAGUUUGGAGAACCUCUGGCCAGUAAACAGUACCUGCAAUUCAAGCUGGCUGAUAUGGCAACAAGGCUGGUGGCCUCCCGCCUGAUGAUCCGCAGUGCAGCAGUGGCUCUGCAGGAGGAGAGGGAAGAUGCAGUGGCCCUGUGCUCCAUGGCCAAGCUCUUUGCUACGGACGAAUGCUUUGCUAUCUGCAACCAGGCUUUACAGAUGCAUGGAGGCUACGGCUACUUAAAGGACUAUGCUGUUCAGCAGUAUGUGCGGGACUCCAGGGUCCAUCAAAUCCUAGAAGGUAGCAAUGAAGUGAUGAGGAUGCUGAUCUCUCGAAGCCUGCUUCAGGAGUAGCACCCACACUUGAUGGUCUGGGAUGAUGUUUAAUGUGCACCUCCAGUCAGUAUUGAGUGGUUCCCUGUGGACUAUUCAGUUACCGAUGAGUCACAGAUUAGAUUGAAGGGCCGACCUCUUCCAGGUGACCUGUUCCCUCUGUGUGCUGCCAACAGAGUCCUCAGCAGAACUAGAGGAGAUGCCCUUGUUGGGAAUGUCACAAGAAGAUGUGCUACCCUGUUUUCCUAAUGCAGAAAGGUGACCAAAGAAGAUUCACUACCAAACCAGAAUCCUUUCUUGGAUCCACAUUGUCUUGAUUUGUUACCAGCAUUUUGCUGGUUCACCACAUUUCUCUUCCAGGGAUCUGGGCACUUGCAUUGAGGGUUUUUCCUUAUUAUAAAGCAAAGGUGUGUGGGGAAGGAGAAUUGGAGAGAAAAUGUCCUCUUGUCUUUUUCUGUCCUCUGAACCUCAGCCAGAGAUGCAGAAGGUUUCUGUGGGUCACAAUCCUCUGGAUGUAAAUCAUGAUAAAAUGAGUGUUUG